GGAGGAGGAGAUGAACAACUUACCCUGCUGAGCUUUCUUUGGGGAAUACGUGCAUCAAGAUUUAGAUCUGCAUGUAAAAUCUAUACAAAGUAUCUGCCACUACAGGUCUGACUCUCCUCCCCACCCCACCCCCCGCACCACCGUUUUUUUUUUUUUUUUUUUCUUUCCGUUUUCUGUGCUGUGUCAGAAAGACCGACACAGAACUAUCUCUGUUUCUGGCUCCACUGCCAGUGAAGGAGUUUUCAUUCAGACUUUCCGAAGAGAGGUGGAGAAACCUAAAGACUCAGGAGAAGAAGAGGUCUUUUGAGCCAAAUGGGGCAUUAGUUCUUCUGCUUUCCUCAGCAUGGAUAAACCUUUUCCUCAAGGAUUUUCUGAUGUGCCCUAAGGUCCAUGUAACUACAAGGGCUAUUUAUCACCACAAGUGCCACCCUGACCCCAAACCACUCAGAACUCAAGAAUCAAAGCAAAAUGGACGCCGCAGUGACAGAUGAUUUCCAACAAAUUCUCCCUAUUGAACAACUGCGCUCUACUCAUGCUAGCAAUGAUUAUGUGGAACGGCCUCCAGUGCCCUGUAAACAAGCCCUCUCCAGCCCCUCCCUUAUAGUGCAAACCCACAAAUCUGAUUGGUCGCUGGCUACCAUGCCUACUGCUCUUCCCCGCAGUCUCAGCCAGUGCCAUCAACUGCAGCCCUUGCCGCAGCAUCUGAGCCAAUCUAGCAUCGCCAGCUCAAUGUCCCAUAGCACCACUGCCUCUGAUCAAAGGCUCUUGGGCAGCAUUACGCCCUCACCUUCAGGCCAGUCCAUCAUCCGAACGCAGCCUGGAGCAGGGGCCCACCCGAAGGCUGAUGGUGCUCUGAAGGGAGAAGCUGAGCAAUCUGCUGUGCACCCCAGUGAGCACCUCUUCAUUUGCGAGGAGUGUGGGCGCUGCAAAUGUGUCCUCUGCGCAGCAGCUCGUCCUCUCCCCUCCUGCUGGCUGUGCAACCAGCGGUGCCUUUGCUCUGCUGAGAGCCUCCUCGAUUAUGGCACUUGUCUCUGCUGUGUUAAGGGUCUCUUCUACCACUGCUCCACUGAUGAUGAAGACAACUGCGCUGAUGAGCCCUGCUCCUGUGGGCCUAGCUCUUGCUUUGUCCGCUGGGCAGCCAUGAGUCUCAUCUCCCUCUUCCUCCCUUGCCUCUGCUGCUACCUGCCUACCCGUGGAUGCCUCCAUCUGUGCCAGCAGGGCUAUGAUAGCCUCAGGCGACCAGGCUGCCGCUGUAAGAGGCACACCAACACUGUGUGCAGAAAAAUCUCUUCCGGUAGUGCAGCAUUCCCCAAGGCCCAGGAAAAGUCCGUAUGACCUUCCCACCACAUGGAUCCAGAGCUUUCUCCUUCUAACUCCCAGUAGUAAAGUGUAGGCCUCAUCUUUGAAGACGGGGAGAAGGAGGAAAGCAGCCAAAGUUAAGGCCUCACCAGUUUUGCUCCUGCAGUGUCAGGGGAAUGGCCAAGUCCAUCCUGGUGCAGGAUGCCUUGUUCUUUCUCACAGUAUCUAUCCCACUCCUCUUCCACCUUUGUACACCUUGCCAUUGUAGCCCUGUGGCUGUCAUGGCAAAUUCAGGUGAUAUAUAGGCAUGAGAUUCGGACACUGAGGACUGACAGAGCCAGCAACGUGGAGGUCUAGGGGCUUCGCAGCAGAAUGCCUCUUGAUGCAGGCUCUGAGCGUCACUCUACUUUCCACAGGCCUUUGGAAACUGUCUUCUGAGAUGGUUUUCACAGGUCCACGUGGAACAGUGUUCAAUGUUCCAGGGAAUCUGACCCCUUCUCCCUCUUUACUGCCCUUCUCUUCUUUAGUCUUUUUCUCCCUCUCUCCUCUUCUUCUUUGUUCCUUUCCCCUUCAUUCCCACCCGAUUUUUAUUUUUCCUCUCUUUUCUUUCUCUCUCCCUUCCUUCCACUCCUUUCCUCUCUCUCUUUCCGACUAACCCAUUCUCUGCUCAUAUCUCUAUCUUGUUUGAUCGGUCUUUGCCUCUCUCUGCCUGUCCUUCUUUCUCUACUCUGUCCAGAAGUGCUGUUUUUCCAUAGGUGUUUCCUUUGACGCCAAACUUUGCCAUGCUACACUACUUACUAAAUUUUAUUAAGGGAAACGGAUUACUGUAAUGAACUGAUCACGAGCAAUAGUCUAUAUCCUGACGUGUGUGUGUGCAUUCAUAACCACACUCACCUGUUUGUGAGCAUAUGAGGCAAAACUUAUCUUACAUUUCCAGGUUUCACUAGUUGGAGUUUUACUCCCUUUCCCAAUCAUCAACUUAUAGUACUGACAGAUUCCACUAGCAUGCGGAGUAGGAUAGUAAAUCAGGAUGCUCAUAACUUUGUAUGUCUGACCCAAGUGCCAAAGGCAGACGUGCUUUAUAGCUAAAUGAACAAAACAAGGGAUACUAUAGAGGUCUGUUCUCUCUUAGAAGCUAACUGCCCUGAGACUGCAUGGCUCAGGCCUUAAUUAUGGACAUAAAAAGUCAUAAAACUUUAGAGCUGGAAAGAAUCUUAAUUGUUAAUCUAGUUCAAUGCCCUUAUUUUGCAGCUGGGAAAACUGAGGCCUGGAGAUAGGAAGGGAUUUUCCCAAGGCCACACACUGAGUUCAUAGCAGGGUUGGGACUGGAAUAUAAGCCUUCUGACUCCUAGUUCAGUAUUCCCUAGCCUACAUCACAUCAGGUCAUGGGACUUUUCUCCUAGGACUCUAUUAACAGUGACAGAAAGCCAUUGCCAUUCAAUUUUUCUGGAACCAUGCCAAGUUAGGGUGGUGGUCUUUAUGCCGUGCACGGUGGGUAGCUACUUAACUAUCAGGUGUUGGGGCUCCACCAGUGGACAUCACCUUUGGCUCUGUCACUUGUAGAAGCUCAAGUGUGGAAAACAAAGCAAAGCAAAACAAAAACAAGGAACCCCUAACCAAGCUGUAUCUUCGCCUUCUCUUUGCUACACAUGUUGUGCUCACUCCUGGCUUUGUCUGCAAUGGCAAUUGCCUGAGAACCGAAAUUUCAGCAACAGUGGAAACCUGAGCUGAAAGACAUAUGAAGCAGAGAACUGACUGUGUUGUGAAUCCACUUCAACGGGAAAAGGCUGCAGUGGGGAUGGCAGGCUCCUAAAGACAGCUGUUAAAAGACACAAGAGUUAGAUCCAGUUUCCCUCUGUAAGCGGAUCCAAAAUUCACCAAGGAAUUCAGAGAUUGAGGGCACUUGCUUGAAAUCAAGGUGCUCCAACUUAGUUUAAGACUUCCAGACUCUAACUUUAUAUAUCAUCUCUUUUAAAGCGUGCAUGGAUGUGUAUUGCCGAGUGGAGAGGUGGGGAGAAAUGUAGAGUCAUACACAGGGGGAAGAAGAAGGGAACAUCCACAUCCCUUUGUUGGAUAUAUGCUAUAGAAGGAUGUGCCACUUACUUUUUGUUGGUUCUGAAUCUUCCUGAAGUGUACUGACAUUUGGGCUGCACACAGGCCCAUGCUUUCACUUUCGCCUCCUCUUCUAGAAUCGCUUUGCUCUAUUUUUGUAUAUACAAAUAUGUUAUGAUGAUUACUAAUAAUGUUAAUGAUAUUGCUGCAAAUGGUGCCAUAUAUAAGGUUUGGCUUCUUGGAACAUUAUAAACCCAAACCAAUACCUGUAACCUCUUAAGUUGCUUUCAGAUCCUUCCAUUUUAAGUAAGUUCUUAAAAUCUUACAAGUCUGCCUGAUUGAACUUUGACUUACCUAUUCCUAAAAGCUGUGCCCAGUUCUCUGGGUCCGGCUGGAUGGUGACGAGUAGCAACACACACUUCUCCCCGCUUAUGCCUGAAAUUUGCUUAGAGCUGAGAUAUAUAAGGAUUCUAUGACACUAGUGCAUUGUUCCUGGAGCUAAAGUUAUUCUAUGGAUGUUUGCUUAUUAGUUUCAGGGCCCCAAACAACACAAGUCCCUCUUCCUCGAUAGUUCCUUGAUAUCCCAAUCCUGCAGUCCUUACUCAGGCAAAUUGUGCACUGCCAGAGGGGCCCUGGGCUCUGCCAUACACCCAGAAGAGCUCUUCUCAGUGUAUUUCUAAAUGGCCUUACACUUGGUAGAAGAAACUGAAGGGUUACUCAAAUGCAAUUGCAAUCUGCAAUCUGCUGCUGAGUCAGGGCUUUCACUUGUGUCCAAGUUGGCCUGAUACGGGCUGCAUCUGGUUUACGUAUAGAUGGGUCCUGUUGGGGUAUGUGUACAGAUGUGUGAGUGUGCAUAUGUACCCUUCUGUGAAAUUUUAUAUAUAUAUAUAUAUAUACAUAUAUAUAUAUACACACACACAUAUAUGUAUAUAUGUGUGUGUGUAUAUAUAUAUGUGUGUGUGUGUGUAAAUAUAUAUAUUCACACAUCUCUAUAUAUUUUAAUGUAUUGCACAUGUAUAUUUAAAAUAUAUAUGAAAGAACUCUAAAUCCUGCAGAAAGCCUCUGUUUUCAUUAUUUUUCUACCUUGUGUCAUGUACUGUAUAAACAGGAAUAUUUAGA